AGCGCACAAGGAACGCUCGCUGGGUGGCAUACAGAAUCGCCGAUGGGUGGAAACUUUCAUACAAGAGAUGGGUUUCCGAGGGCACCACAACUUCAUAACGUCACUGAGUAGAACGCAGAUCUGGGAUAAGACCUCAUCCACAAGCAUUCUUGGGAAGGGUUCUACGACUCCCUCCGAAAGCCGUUAAGCAUUUCGACGGCUUCACGACUAUCUCCUUACAAACCUCACAGUCUGAUGGUUGUCAGGCCAAAGUGCGUGAUCUCGUGUCCGAGUCCGGUCAUACUUCCACCAUCCCCUCAGGAGGUUGCCUACGUCGUGGGACACUCAUCUUUGCCGUUGGCUUUAGCGGAACGUAUCAAUGACCUUUUCGACCCACCUCCCGUCGUGUUCAACGGCUCGGUGGCUGUAUACAACCUGAAAAAUACCUUUACGGGCAUAGAGGUGGAAUUCAGAGGGGUUGAGACGGAGUACCAUCCUUCAAACCCGUAUAUUGGGAGGGAGCUCGUCAGUGAGACGGAAGUGCUAUGGAACUCGGAGCGUGAUGGGGCGGGGAGCCUGAGUGACGGGAGACAUGACUUCCCAUUCACGAUAUCUAUACCGCCGGACCUUCCGCCUUCUCUCAAAUUGCGCCAUGCGGAGGUUUCAUACAAACUGACCGUCAAGCUGCAAAGAAAGCAUCUCUAUCCUCUCGCAUAUCAUCGUGAAGUCGUCGUUCGACGGGGCUUUCCCUCUUCCACUCGUUCGUCCUUUGUGAGAAUGUCAAUAUCCUCAAAUAUCACAUCUCCGCCCCUUCGCUCAACGAGCGGGUUGAUUGUGGAACCCGCUAGAUCCAGGAGCGACAGCAAUCUGUCCAACAACGUUCGCAUUGUGGACAUGUUCCCACAUGUCGAUGGCAUGGGUAUGGCACUCGCAGACCCGCACGCUCCACAGACAGCGCGAACGGAGCCAAUCCCACGACUAUUGAGCAGCUCAACGUCAGGAGGGAACUACUCGCAUCAGUGGAAGCUGCCGACCACCAUGGAACGAAGGACAGAGACCUUUCGCGGAACCACACCCAAAGAAGAGUUCGAGUACAUCAUCACCUUACCACGCCCACUUCUCCGCGACGACAUCCUUUCCAAAGUUGAUCUCGAAUUGAAAGACAAGGGCCAGAGCGUAUCCACCGUGCGCCACCUGGAGUGCAGUCUACGGGAACGGCAGACUUUUGAACACGUAUGGGUGCCCCUCACCCGCCGACUCACCACGUUGCAGGGCAUGGAACCGGCCGUCGAAAAUUUUACCGUCACGAAACACCCCAUCAAGUACAAAGUCGCAUCAGACCAGCUACAGCAAUCAAGUGGCGGCAGCGCAAGUUUCCCAUUCUCGCUAGCGACGACCGCCGCGGCGCCCGACUGCCGCACUGCAAUGCUCAACGUCGAGCACUUCAUCCGGAUUGUCAUUGAAUACGAACCACCACGAAUACAGCGACCUCAUCAAACACCCACAAUCGUAAUCAACGACACAAACAUCGGCUUUGGGAAGAAGAGCAUAUGGCGCGACUUUAUCAAUCUGCCCGCUUUCAAACGCUUCAAACGGAAACGCAUCGUACUCGAGAUCCCGGCUUUCAUUAGCGAUGCCGCCGCGGAUGAGGGGUUCACUCUACAACAGUCGCCGCCGCCUCUGAUGGACGCGGUCACGGAGCCCGAGGAGGGUAUACCACUGGAUGAUGCGCCGCUGUAUAGGGAGGUUGACACGCUGCCGAAUGCGCCUCCGGCGAUGAGCGUGCAGGCAUGACCUUACGCGGGGCGUCUGGAUGUUCGAAACAUCGACGAUGUGGAUGCUUCGGGUUCGUUUUCAAUUCGUCAAUUCCCGUAUUAUUUUGAAAAGCACGGACAUUAUCAGUCAGCGAGAGGUGUUUCCUGAUGCGGCUGACAGGGACUGUGAUGGGAUACAUGAUCACCUUGCUCCCCGCUCUACAACAUGCCAUAUUAUGUU